AUGCUUACCCACUUGCAGCAGGAGCCUGCCCGCUCCCUUCUCCCUUGUGGGAUCAGAAAGUCAAGUGGCUGCCACUGCCUCCUCUGUCUCCUCUUUCCUGACCUCCUCUUCCCUCCCAUACAGGUCUCCAGCUCCUACACAAACACAACCGCUACUGUCACCACACCCCACUCCAGGCUCCCACAGGGUGCAGAGGACAAGCUGGGGAAGAACCCCCUGCCCACCGAGGAAGACAUCCGUCCUGAGUUCAAAGAUGACAUCUAUGACCCCAGCUACCGGGACGAGGAGGGCCCCAGGCCCAAGCUCCAGUAUGUCUGGAGAAACAUCAUCCUCAUGGCUCUGCUACACAUCGGAGCCCUGUAUGGGAUCACCUUGGUGCCCAGUUGCAAGUUCCACACCUGGCUCUGGGUGUAUUUCUACAGAGUGAUCAGUGGCCUGGGAGUCACAGCAGGAGCACACCGUCUGUGGACCCACAGGACAUACAAAGCCCGGCUGCCCCUGCGGCUCUUCUUGAUCAUUGCUGACACCAUGGCCUUCCAGAAUGAUGUGUUUGAAUGGGCCCGAGACCACCGUGCCCACCACAAGUUCUCAGAAACCAACGCCGAUCCCCAUAACUCCAGACGUGGCUUCUUCUUCUCUCACGUGGGCUGGCUGCUGGUACGCAAACACCCGGCCGUUAAGGAGAAGGGCAGGCUGUUGGACCUGUCUGACCUCAAAGCUGAGAAACUGGUGAUGUUCCAGAGAAGGUACUACAAACCUGCUGUCCUGCUGAUGUGCUUCAUCCUGCCCACGUUCGUGCCCUGGUAUUUCUGGGGUGAAACUUUCCGACAUAGCUUGUAUGUGGCCACUUUUCUGCGUUAUGUUAUAGUGCUCAAUGCCACCUGGCUGGUGAACAGUGCUGCCCACAUGUAUGGAUAUCGCCCGUAUGACAAGAACAUUAACCCCCGAGAGAAUGCACUGGUUUCUCUCUCAACCAUGGGUGAGGGCUUCCACAACUACCACCACUCCUUUCCCUAUGACUACUCCACCAGCGAGUACCGCUGGCACAUCAACUUCACCACAUUCUUCAUCGACUGCAUGGCUGCCCUGGGCCUGGCUUAUGACCGGAAGAGAGUAUCCAAGGCUGCCAUCUUGGCCAGGAUUAGGAGGACUGGAGAUGGAAGUCACAAAAGUAGCUGAGUUCUGAGUCUCUCAACUUCCUUUUCCAAAAGCCAGCCAAGCAGAGGUUCACUACUCUAUUUUAAUACCUACUAAAUAAUGUUAAAGGAUGCUAAAGAUGAUAACCUUACCCCAUUCUAAUAAGAAUGCAAAACUACUCGAAACCAACAACCUCACUCUUAUGACUUCAAACUGGCAAUUUUAUCUGUUGUCUUCUUUCUCUUCUAGCCAGGUUGUCCUUGUAUUUCUUGUUUUCAUCUCCUUCCUUUCUUUUGCCCCUCACAAUCUCCCAUAAAGCAACUGCUCACUCAUUUUGCUUGGUGUCUAUCGUCAAACUUAGACAACAUUUCUAGAGUCUAAAAAGACUGAUCUUAUCUCAUAUUACUCUCUUUUUAUGCGAUAUUCUG